AUGCGAGCCCAGGGCGGCCGAGCCGCGGACCAGCUACCUGUGUGGCCCGGGCGGCCGCUGCCGGGACCUGCCGGAGACAUCGCCAUGUGAAGGGGCAGACCCCGGGCCGGCUCUCCACCCCGCCUCGCUCAAUGGGAGAUUUGUUUGGCUUUACACAGGCAAUGCUCCCAAAGACUGUAUGAUAAUUCCUGCUGGCCAAAAGAGGAGGCACAUUGUGGCCAGUACAGAAGAGGAGGAAGAACAGGAGGGCAAGAGCUUCCUACGGCCUCUCUGCCAGCGGUACCAAGUGCGUGGCCUGUCUGCACCCGAGCAAAGUACUGGUUUUCAGAAAGUAAGUGAGGCUGAGAGCCACCUCGAGCGAGGCACUUGGAGAGGAGGAAGAGGACUGGUGCCAGCAUGGAUAAGGACAGCACAAACCUGGCUGACCAGCAGUAUGAAUGUGUGGCUGAGAUUGGGGAAGGAGCCUACGGGAAGGUGUUCAAAGCCCGAGACUUGAAGAACGGAGGUCGCUUUGUUGCGCUGAAGCGGGUACGGGUGCAGACCAGCGAGGAGGGGAUGCCGCUGUCCACUAUCCGAGAGGUGGCAGUUCUGAGGCACCUGGAGACAUUCGAACACCCCAACGUGGUCAGAUUGUUUGAUGUGUGCACCGUGUCACGAACAGACAGAGAGACCAAGUUAACAUUAGUGUUUGAACAUGUGGAUCAAGACUUGACUACUUACUUGGAUAAAGUUCCAGAGCCUGGAGUGCCUACUGAAACUAUAAAGGAUAUGAUGCUUCAGCUGUUUCGGGGACUGGAUUUUCUGCAUUCUCAUCGUGUGGUGCAUCGGGAUCUGAAACCCCAAAAUAUCCUUGUAACCAGCAACGGGCAGAUAAAGCUAGCUGACUUUGGCCUUGCACGAAUCUACAGUUUUCAGAUGGCUCUUACCUCAGUGGUUGUUACUUUGUGGUAUAGAGCUCCUGAAGUCUUGCUUCAGUCCAGUUAUGCAACAGCAGUUGAUCUUUGGAGUGUUGGCUGCAUAUUUGCAGAAAUGUUCCGUCGAAAACCACUCUUCCGUGGGAAUUCAGAUGUUGAUCAACUAGGAAAAAUCUUUGAUGUAAUUGGACUCCCAGAAGAAGAGGACUGGCCUAAUGACGUUGCCCUUCCAAGAAAUGCUUUUACUUCCAGACCCGCACAGCCUAUUGAGAAAUUUGUACCAGACAUCGAUGAAGUAGGAAAAGACUUGCUUCUUAAAUGCUUAGCAUUCAACCCAGCCAAGAGAAUAUCUGCGUAUGUUGCCCUCUCUCACCCAUAUUUCCAUGAUCUGGAGAAAUUCAAGGAGAAUCUGGACUGUCACAUGUCAUCCAGCCAAAACUCCAGUGAGGUGAAUGCAUCAUAAGUGCUGACUGAAGAUGAACCGUAAAUGAAAAAGACACGUAGCUGACAAGGCCACUGUCCCAUACAAACCAUGUAGCUGCCCUAGGGAGAUCAUUAUUUGGAGGUUUUAUGCACUUAUCUUUUAUUUUGGGAUUGUGAUGUGCUUAUCCAUGGAAAUCAAUCUAGUUUACUUUUAUCAGAGCAAUGCAAGGGCCAGGGUUUUGACCUGCUCCUGUUGCAGCUUUAUGUUUGUUUUGUUUUUGUUUUGUUUAUCUACCUGGGAAAACUCCAGACGAAGAGAAGCUGCUGACCAGUUUUGCUGCCAUUUUAUCCUUCUAAUACUGAAUGCUGCCAGUGUUUGAUGAUCAAGUCACUGCCAAAAUAUGAUGCAACCUCUCUCUCUCUCUCUAGCUGCUGAAGCAUGAUUUGGUACUUUAUUAUUAUUAUUAUUAUUCUGUGAUAUUUAAAGAAUGGCAUUGAAAUACCAGAUCUCUGCAACCUGCAGUUAACUGAUACAUGCGUUAAUACAUCCAGCUGCUGUUCAUUCAGAGCAUACAUGCAGGUGCUUCCCCACUCGAGAACUUGCAUAGACUAAUUCAUCGUUUCGUUACUCUAUAAAAAUAACAGUGAUGAUGAUGACCAUAAUAAAUGUCUCAGCUUUUAGGUUUUUCCAUACACAAAUGAGUUAUUAUCUAGAUAUGUUUGUGUGCAUGUUUCAAAAAACUGUCCUGUUCUUACUGUUUCAAUUUCCAAAUGGUCUUUCUGUGUUGAAAUGCAGACACAUUCUAGUCCAUCGUCUAACCCAUCAUUCCCCCCUGGAAACAGCUACAAGCAUAUUUUCUUCAUCUCAUUCCAAAUAAUUUUCUGAUGUCCAGCUCAGAGUCAUGAGCAGAGCCAAUGAAAAUCAAUACAGAUUUUCACCUUCAACCAGUUCUCAUUGUCAGCCAAAAACAAAAAUAGAAAAAAUAUUUCUGGUUCAGAAGCAAAGAAUCCUACACCUGUAAUAAACACAGAGAAGUAUUUGUGCUGCAUUGUACUCUGUUACUGUGCUGCCUUAUCUGCGUCACCCUCCAAUGCAUCACAAGUGCAUGAACAUUAAUGCUCAAAAUUCCUCACAUGUCACUUACUAAGCAGGCUUGUUUUCCAUGCAGAAAUGCAUGACCUUCUCUCCUAAAACACCAUGUGGGGAUACUAGCACGUGCCUCUCCACUAAGGUUAAUAUGCCAUUAUUGAAUGUCAAAAUAACUAAGCAAUUUACUUGUCUUUAUAGCACAGUUAUUUUAAAUAUUACCUGAAAUUUUUAUAUUUAGUAUUUUUGCCUUAACUAAAAUAUAUUUUCAGUAUUUUGAAAAGAAACUUUUAUUUUUUUAAUACUGUACUGAGGAAAAAGAAAUAUUUUAAAUCCACAAAAACUGUUCCCUAGCAUGACAUCAGUGCACUUACCUGGACAUGGCUUGGGGAAAAUACUGGUCCAAUGACUAUAACUGAUGCUAAGUGAGGCAGCCAGCUUUGCUUACUCCUGUGACAGUCCUUAGGCUUCUCUCUUCUUCGUCUCUAUUUCAUCUUGUCUAGGUGGUGAGCCAGCAGUAUAUCCUCAUCCACGGCAUGCUUGGCAGAAGCAGGUCCUUAGCAGUGAGUUGGGCAAUAUAACUUUUCCAGCUGUGACAGGGGAACUUCUAACCAUCUCACGGGCAGGUCUCUGGCUGCUGUGGCAAACUUCACCGUUAACUCCUUUUCAGGUAUCUGCACUGUCUGGGUCAUGGUCCACUGCUAGGAUAGUAAGUGGAUCUUAUUUGUCUCCUGGAUGAAGCUUUUUGUUACUGUUAGACAUUUAAGUUUGUGAUAUAUGGUUAAAUUAGGUCUAUUUUAAACAAGCCAGAUUUUGAAAGGACCACUUGCGUGCUUGCAGACAGUGGCCUGUGUUUUUCUUUAAGCCCAGAAAGAGCCUAUGCAAAACUUAACCAGCAUGAAAUGGGAAGUUGCAAAUUAGGCCUGGCAAGAACAUGCACAAAGCAUCUUGGUCCAGAGAUAUCAGAGAUCCGUAACAUCAGAACUUCAGAAGUUCUGUAAGCAGGAAGCUGAAGGCCAGGGAGCUGCAGCAAACCUUCUAAUCUUGGCCUUUGUCAUUCUCUUUGUUCCUACAGCCAAGGGGAACUGCAGACUCACUGCACUGGUGUUGUUCCAACCCUGUUCCCGUAUGGGUGAACGGACCUAAGUGUGAAUAAUUUUUAACAUUCAAAGAGAAGGAUGGGCCAGGGCGAAAUUCUUGCUAUCAAUUUUUAAACACUUAGAACAACAAACAGAGCCAAAAGUCAGGAGAUGCUUGCAACAGUCGCAAAUAAAAAAGGUUUUAACGGAAUUUAACACUUCUGAAAACAUUCCACAUUUUACCUAGCGCGGAGCUGUCUAUCACACAUAACCUUAUCAGGGCAUUCAGCUGGUGUGGCUUCCCAGCAACUGCUCAGGAAACUCUCCCAGAGCUCUCCACCAACUAAUGUAGAGUGAAAAUGUAGAGGAGGAGAUGAUAUUUUCCAAAUUAGGCUUAAAACUCUCAGAUAGAAAUGUGCAUCUGUUCCGUGUAAGAAUCUGUUCUAUUAAGCUUAGCAAAGCUGAAGAAUAGAGAAUAUGGUUGCUCAAUGUAGAUACAUUAUUAGGGUAAAAACAGAAAGGAGGGGAGAGAAUACUUUAAGCCAAAGGUUAAUGUUGGCCCAAGAACUAAUGAGAAUGUGGAAAUCACCAGGAAUUUAACUACUGGAGCAGUUAUUUCCCAGUCGUAAUAUCUAAGAGCUAAGCAAGCAGCAGAGAAAAACAGGGGCUGGCUCAUGGAGUCCGAAGCGGAGCUUCUGCAACAUGGUGCUGUACGUUGUCUAAUAUAGUAGGAUCAGGUUAUAAAUGAGAGUAUUCAGGAGAACAGUUUGCAAAGGGCUGCAUUAAUGGUCACAUUCUGGAACAUCUUCCCAGUGGGAAUGGCAGGAACAAAACCAAGAAAUCUAAGAAUCUUGGCAGGGAUAGGGAAAAUAUUUCUCUAAUGGGGUCCUUGUGGUAGCAAGGGCCUGGAUUCAAAGGACCAACAAUUUUUCAAAUUACCUCCUUUUCCAGAUCUCUUCAGGAAGAAAUUCCAUUUGACAUGCAAUAGGCUUGAUGGUAUUCCAGUCUUCCCUGCCAAGCCAUGUGGGGCUUCACUUACACUAGUAAACUGAGGAAGCCUGUUCUCUGGCUGGGCAAAGCACUGUCGUUGGCUAAUUCCAUGCCAGGAGUCAUAUUUAUAAUUAGGCAGCACAGACAGUUGUGGGACUGUGCUCAAACCCAUGGCCUUGCUCUUCUUAUAUUACUGGUAUAGCUCUAAUAUUUUAGUACCUUUACUCAUUACUGCCAUAUGUGUAGGAUGUAGGAAUUGUGUAAGUGAAAAAGAAAGUGCUGUGAUGAAAAUUCUUUGUACACCUUUAAAUAAGACUUUAGAGUGCAAUUCUUCUUGGUGAUACUUAAGCCUGUAUGUGUUCUCUUCUACAGGAGUGGUUCAACAGCAGCUAAAAAAUGCUGAAUAACAAAAGAUGUAUUAAGUAUAGCUCCUAGAACACCCACAGCCAGACACUGUGCUCUUCUUAGCAGAGAACAGGGUGUUCUAAGUAAUGAGAGGAGAAAAUUCUAUCUCCCACCAGCUUUUUUUUUUUUUUUUUCUUUAAUCACUACUAUAUAAUUCUGCAGAAAAAAAACCAGACCCAAUAGCCAAGGGAAAAAAAAUCACCACAGCCAGCUAGUGAAGUACUAAUAGCAAUCCAACUGGUGCAGCCCUUUUCCCCCUGUCCACACUCACACCAGCCUUCCCGUUCAUUUCCUUCAGCUCCCUUAAGUAAACAAGUUUCAGUGAGCCUCACAGGUGCUAUUUCCAGAGAGAUUCUUACUAAUUUUCCAUAGCUACACUGUGUCAAUGUCACCUCCGUUCCUAUUACUACGUGUUGAUUUUUUUAGUCUCACAGCCUAAACCAGUGAUAAGAACUUUGUGCACCUCCUUGCUUAGGCUUAGUCUCAUGUACCCCUGUGUUGCCUUUUGUGUGGUUAGUAGAAUUAUAAAAAUAAGAUUUGUGCAUAUUUCUGUGUAGGCUGUGCCCACACUCCAGGUUUCUUUCAGCCUGUUGGUACACAAUGAUCAAUAGUAGAGCAUCUCUUUUCCUGUUGUUUCUCUCCUAAAACACACCAAAAAAUGAGGGUGUCAUGUUUGCAAAAAAAAUUAAAGUUUGGGCUAUGUGUACAGAGCCUUUUUAAUUAAAGGUAUUACUGUAUUGCAGCAUUUGAACAUCUGCAUAAGGGAGGGUUUCCAGCAUGGUAACUCUUACAUGGUUUUUAUACUCAGUGGUUGUUUUGGUGAAUAAGAAGAAAAUAUUGUGCCUUGGUGCUUUUCACAGGUUCAACUCUCACUGUCUUUGAGAAGUGUGUUUUCUUAUACAUGUAAUUGUUUCUGCUGUUAGGUAUUAGUUCAACUUAAUUAUGGAGAAUAGAGAGAAAACAUGCUGUUUUGGUCUUUUAGCCAGCAAACUUGGAGCACUUACCUGGCUCACAACUGAAAACACAUCAGUUGUCAAAUACAUGUAUGACUCAGAGACCACACAGUUUGGUUUAAAAGGCCACAUAAAUUAAUUAUGUUCCAUGUAUUAGACACAUUUGAAUAAUGAGGAAGUUUAUUCUAAGAACUCUGUUUUAUAGAACCACUUGGCUAGUAUUUUUCAUAUACAGUAGGUUCAGGAAUAGAUUGAUUUUUAUAUACAAUGUGAAUUAGAAGAUACUAGGCUAUUUGAGUGAUUUUGUUGUAUGCUUGAAGCUUGAAUUGAUUGCAAGCUUAGGAACUUAACGUAUUUAUUUUAUUGCUUCAAAACUGCUUCUAAAUAUCAAGAUCUUUUUUAAUGUUAACAGGAUUUCACACUUUUUUAAAUGUGUAAAUUAUUUUCUUGAAAUUAGUGUGUUAGAAAAAGCAUUUUUCCAAACUGCAUUAGUGGGAAAAUUUAUUUUUACUUUCACAGAGAGGUGAACUCUUCAAUAACUGACUAUCAAUAAGCUAUACUUUUACUUUCUUUUGAUUACUAAGCCUUGAGUAUACAGGUCACUUUUAAUGAAGAAAAAAAUUCAGAAACAAUCUCUAGAAAAUGAAAUGGGAUUUUAUAUGUUUUAAGCUUCCAAGUUUUAUUUUCAUAGCCUUUUUUUUUUUUUUGUGCAAGUAGAGUUCAGAUAUACAAAGAUGUGACUAAAAUUUCAACAGUCUAACAGGCUAUACGACUCAAAUUGAGGUUUUAUUUGUGAGCUGUUUAUUCUAUUUUAUUAUCUAUCUGUGUCUUGCAAAUUAUUAGAUAAUGGCUGUAAUAUAAUUCUAGUUUCUGUAACCAUCAAAUCUCAAUAAUUUAUGUAAAACAGAAAGAAGCAUUCUCGUUGAUUUUAUUUAACUAGGCCAUUAAAAGAAGAAAGAUGUAGACAUAUGAACUGACAAAUAUACUUUUGCCAAGUGUUGUUUCUUCCCUUUAGUUUGAAGCUUAGCUAGUAUUGCAUACUGAUAAUGCAGUACAAUGUAAGAACCAUAAAGACCACUUAAGAGUAGUGUCCACAAAUAAUAUGAAAAAUGGCUCAUUAGACUCUUGGAGAAACCAGCUGAAAAAUCAUUACUUUAGCUGUAAUACUCAAAAUCUUGAAACUCCUAUAUUUUUCCAUUAAAAAGUAUUCCUGAAAAAUUAUGUGUAUGUUUUUAAUUCAGUGAUAGGCAUCCAAACAGAACUGAAUCAAGUGGGAACUUGUUCUCAAAAGUGUUUUUUCCAGGCUGAGUAGAAGCCCUCAGUUCUUCAUGUACUCAUCAGAAACUAAAAUUAACCAGCACCAUUCUUAAAUGAGCCUUUUGCUUUCUGGGCAGAAAAACCCAAGGUUGCUGUGAGUGAAGUUAUUGGAAAAUUUGCUUUGACUUAAAAGUCCUGUGGAAGCUUCUGCAAUAUUCAGUUUUUUAGCCUUCUCUGAAAGACUGUGCAAAACAGCAAAGAUAAAUUGAAACUCCUUAACCAUAUGGUCUUUUUCCCUUCACAUUACAUAUUUUAUCUGUUUUGGGAUAUAUUGAAGGGUUUUAUCCAGCUCAGUGUUAAUGAGACUUUUGCAAGGCUAGAGAAAAUAAAAACAACUUCUGCUAUAGUAUUAUGAUUGUUGGUGAUUGCGGGAGAGCAGGUUUUUUUAUUUCCAGAAAGGAUCAGACAAAAUCUACUGCCUUCUUUGAAAAAGAAAAAAAAAAAAAAAAGACAAGGGGAAAAAAAAAAAAAAAUUUAAAAAGCUCCCACAAACAGCUGACACUUGGUAAAAAUCAGAAAAGAUAUUUUUAAUGAACUAUUUGGAAAAUAUUGUCAGGAUGAGUGAAAAGGAGCAUAUUUUUGAUGUGAGAGACAUAAAUGCAAACAAUGCAUAUUAAAUAUGCAUUGAAACUGAUACUUUUUCGCUGAGUUUGCAAAGGUAAUAGGGUUUUAUGGAAGAAAAGCAUCCAAGUAUGAAUUUAUUUGAACUACCACUUAAAUGUUCAUUUGCACUAAAGCAACCUGUACUGUUUGAAAGGAGAUAGGAAGACACAACUUGUUAAACUUGUGAUUUACUUUGGUGUCUACAAGGAUGUGUUGUAAAGCUCUCAAGCUCACUGUCCAGUUUUGAGCAGGCCAACUUCACAUUCACACUAUGAACUUUCUGUACCUUAAACCCAUCCACAGGCCUGACAAAGACACAUUUUCUAGUAUUUACUUGGAUACUUGCUCACAUUGACAUGCUCAUGUUAAAUCCAGAGGACAGUCUCUUCCACUGAAUGGAAAAUGGAUUUUCAGACUGACAGAUUCCUUUGUACAAUUAUUCCUAAAGGGUGUGAAAUCAAUGUUCAAUGAUAUGGAGCCCCUCAUUUUAUUCUAUGUUUCACACGUACAUCAUGUUAUGCUAAUUCUCACCCUUUAUUUAAAAAAAAAAAAAAAAAAAAAAAAAAAAGGAAGUUAAAAAGUUCUUUAAUGUCAGGAUCAAUUUUGGGUUGCUAGAUUAAGGAGAAAAAUCAUGAUGUGAUGGAAGGAGAAAAAAUAGGCAAAGAGUAGGAGAGUUGGCAGGUGAGUUUGACUACAUGGAAAAGUUAGAUAUAAACACAGGGGGAAGACUUUUUUCCCAGUUGUUUUGUUUUCUCCUGUCAUAUAAGAUGAUAAGACUCAUGAACGGGAUUUUGGUUCUAGAUACUUACGCCAACUCAAGUCAUUGAGUUCCAGUGUACUUCUUCAACAUAGCAACAGCUCUAUUUUUUAAAUUUUCCAUAAGCUAGAGCUUUUUCUGGGUAGAUAUAUUAAGAAAGGGCUUAUGAAACGGCUUGACAGCAGAUAAAGCUGUCCACAGAGACAGUGCCUGUAGUUAAGCUGCAGACAUUGGAGAAUGUACAGCUCUGCUGCAGGAGAGCCACUGACAGUGUCUAUUAGUGUGCAGUGUUGUGCAUUGGAAGUUGACUCCUGCUGCAAAUUGAAAAUCCUUUGGUCAUCUGAAAUGGCAUGGUUUUGCACACUUGGAUUUUGAUAAGGUUAUCCACAUGCAAGUUUCGCUGGAUCAGUCCAAGUGGUUCACCAUCUUACAGGAGCAAGUCUGACACCCUGUGUAAAUAACAAUGCAAAAUCAUCUGCCAUGGGAAAAGACUUUUUGUAGGUUGUAGAGUAGGAAUGAGCUUUCUGAGCUCCUCUGCCAACAGGAGAGCUAGUGUUAACUAUUUUUAUGCCAGCUCCAAAAAUGCAGAAUAGGAGGCCUGCAUGGCAUUUUGUUGUGUUCAGUCUAUGUGCAUGGGCAGCAGGGUAAGUGUUGGCACAAAGGGGCUAAUUUUGGUUCUUCUAUUAAGUGUGAGCACCUAGGCUUGGCAGAGAGACAAACUUCACAGUUCAAAGGAGGGGAAACCUCUAAGUCUCCAUAAUAGUUCUCUGGCUCUUGUUAAAUACAUAUAGUGGUAGAUCAGUCAGCCACUCAAGCAGUCCUUUCCUUAUCCCAGAUCAUCCUGUGACACUCUGAAGGACACCUGGAGGAGUCUAUCCCUCAGCAGUUUUCCACCUCACCUGCUUCCUCUCACUGGAGCGACAAUUACCUGACAUUUGUAUCUGACCCUGAUGGUGCUUCCACUACCACUGAAGUAUCUGUGAGCUAAAUUCCUGCCUUAUGACUCUGCAGCUUCCAGUCUCGGCCAGCCAGUGAUUUGUACUCUAGUUUUUCCUUCUCAUUAGGAACAGGGAAGUAGUACAGUAGAAUAUGGCAAAAUGUGUGCUACCUUCACACUUUUUGUUUCAAGCAAAACCAUAAGCUAGAAUAGAUUAGACUGAACAUAAUGUUCAGUUGAUCAGCCAAAACAACUUUGGAUUCAGAACAUUUACUAAGAACAGAAAAUCCCUGAACAACUGUCUGUGAUGCACAUUUUUACAAGAGCACACAAUGAUGCCCCUGUUACACAGAAGCUUUUGAUGGAUACAAGACUAGCAAUGCCAGCCUCCAACUGCUUACCCUGCUUUCCCUCACCUUCCCCAAGAUCACUGUUCUCAGGAAGAGAAUGGAGCAACUGUGAAACAGUCCCCAGCUCUCAAGAUAGGUUGUAUUCAUGCAGGUAAUCAAGCUCAUUCCUUCCCUUUUGGCUAUGGCAGUGUAAAGCACAGACCCCUGCCACAAGUACUAGGCACAAACAGACCUUAAACGCCAAAAUAUUCUCCUGAGGAAAAGUCUUCCCUGGAUCUAAAGGGGACAGUAUGUUUAUUGUCCCCUUUAGACAGUUGACUUUCAUUUUUUCCAAAUACAAGAACUCACCUAAGAAAACUCCACAAAAGGGAUGAUUCUGAAUUCCAGACAUUCUGUGGGAAAAGAAAAAAUGUCAUUCCAGGUAUAUGAUAUGUAUCUCAAACAAUCAUCCUUCAUCUGUGAUAGAAAACAAUCCACCAAACUGGGUUUAAAAUGUUGCCUUAGUCUGCAGCAUGCUAGUUAAGUAAGUGGUUUUCUUAGCAAGACCAGGACUUGCAAUGAUUUCUGGCAGGGACUUUCAUCUUGGAGUCCCUUUUAAGAAAGGCAGCUGUAAUCAUGGGUUGCACCUACAACAAAAUGUGCAUCAGAAAUUGGAUGGUGGCAAGAAGUUUGUGGAUGUGAGGCUGUAAAAGAUGGCUUAUGUAAGCUCAGGGGGGAUUUGCUUGUGGGAAAGUAUUGAUUGCCAUGCACAUUUUGAACUGAAGUUAGCUGUCAGAACAUGAUAGAAGGACUGCAGCAUCAUGAGAUUAGAGGCCUUUUCCCUUUAGAUGUGUAGCAGCCCUGUGGUGUUCCAGCUUUGUUUUAAUUUAUUUCACUUCCCCACUGCCAUUCUCCUUUCUAUUGUGUGUGGUAAGUUGAAAAGAAAAGCAUUACCUUACAGUUUACCAUCUCAAAAAGAGAGACGGCCAGCAUUGUCUGAAAAUUUUGAUCACUAUGUGGUGGUCAGUAUUAAGGAGAAUCAUAGAAUAUACUGAGUUGGAAGAGACCUAUCAGGAUCAUUGACUCCAACUCCAAGAAUCUCACCAUGUGCCUAAGGGUGUUGUCCAAAUGCCUCUUGAGCUCUGUCUGAACGAGGCUUGGUGCUGUGACCACUUCCAUGGGGAGCCUCUUCCAGUGCCUAAUCACCCUGUGGGUGAAGAACCUUUUUCUGAUAUCCAGCUUAACCCCCAUCCCCGACUCAGCUUCGAGUCCUGUCACUGUUCAUGAGAGUGAAGUUGUCUCUGUUCAGUUCUAACAAACAGAAUUCAAUAUCCAUGGCAUCUGCCUUCCAUUAAGCACUGUUAAAAACCUGUCAUUCUCCACAGUGUUCAAAAUCUCUUUGCCAGGAGAUUGAACUCCCUUCCUACAAUCCAUUUGGAGUCACAGCAGUGUGAGCAGACAAAGUUUACAUUAUGAUGGUGCUUUUCAGUAAGAAGUGAGAGCCAGUUCCAGUUGACACAUGGACUGAAAGAGUCUCGAGGACUCGUAGCUAGGGACAUUCAUAGGCAAGGCAGUCCCUUUUGCUAGUGCAAGAAAUGCAUUUUAAAACACUUAAGAUAGGGAAAAUAUAAAGGUGCCAUUUAUUUUUCCAGUAGAAUAUGUUUUUUGCACAAUGCUGUAUCAUUUUGGCGCUGAAACCAACCCCACAGAUGAACAUUAACUAACACCUUCCUUGCAGUGUUUAAUUUCUUUGCAAAUUCUUUACAAGCAUUUGGAUUAAUGUAUUUAUGGUCCAUUUCAUUCCAAUUCAUUUAAGUGGUCUAUACCUGCCCUUGAAUCUCAUAUGAAUUUUAUUGUUAAUAUUUUCCUGCAUCACUUUGAACAGCUUUAAAAAUAUAAUGUCUUUGAAUGCUCUAGUUAAAGAAAAAUGAUACCCUUAAAAUGCUGUGUUGCAAGUUGGAACUGUAUACUUUGGAAAUGAUGUUUAUAUUAUAACUCCCAAAGGCAUCACAGGGUGCUUUCGUCCAUAUGUCUGUCUUCUACUUUGUGUGUUACAGUGUGUAUUUGUACCUCCUCACUAUGAUACUCUUCAGUCUGAAGGCCUAAGUCUGCAAAGACGUGAAUACUGUACUGUACCUGAGCAGUCCCACGGAGCAGAGAGGGCUUACUCAUGUGAGUGUAGUUGCUCACAAAAAGUAUUUGCAGAAAAAGGCUUUCCUUUAGUAACUGACUGUAAUUGUGCGGACACAUGGUUAAUAACAGUGCCAAGACACCAGUAAAUGGGGUUUGUGUUUAUUGAAAAUGUGGACACAUUUAUCUUCAAGUUAUUUGACAUUAAUCUAAAUUAUUGCUAUUAUGGUUUAGUAUAUUAUUUUGUAUGAAAACAUAUUAGUCCUGUGAAAGGGUAGUUGCAAAAAAAAUGUGUUGAGUCUUGCUGCUUUAUUUUUAUUUGCAUUUAGUAUACAUUUUGGUUGUUGAAGUGAGGCUAGCUUCUUAGAGAGGCAGGAAGAUAGAUCAGUCUGGAAAAAUCAUAAGUAAGCAUCAUACUGUGCAUUGAGUUUUGCAACUAGAGUAGUAUAUAUGUUCAGAUUUAGUAAUUUUUAUGCUUUAGAGCAUUUUUGUUUGUUUUAAUAUGUAAAGGAAUAACCAGAAUACUUUGAAAUGCUAUUGUAGAGAUAAUUUUACACAUAGUGGGGGUUGUUGUCUGAAAAACUAAAAUUAGAAAACAUUACAUAGGCUGCCUUUGGCUUUAGUUUGUUUGUAGAAGGCCCAGCAGGUAUCUGUUGAUUCUAGAUACUUAAGCCAGGGGUCAAGUUUGUGCAGCAUCUUGUAACUGAAGAAAGUUUUCUGCCGUGAUAAAGUUGCCCAUCUGGGCUUGAAGUAAGAUUGCUGCCUAAACAAAAGCAUAAAGGCAGCAAAUUUAGGUGGUGGUUUGUUUUGGUGGGGUUUUUUUUGUGCAUGGACAAUUGCAUGAAAUAGGGGUGGAGAUUCAAAGUAUUUCAAAUCAUUUAGCAUGAUUUUCUCUUGUUCUAAUUCCACUGACUACAGUUAAACCAAGAAUUUGGCCUUGUAAGUCUACAAAUUUCAGUGUCAGGCAGCUCAGGUCUACAUACUUACUACGUACUUAAGCUUAGUAAAUCAGCAAGAAUACUAUAUAAAUUGUAAUGUGUGAUAAAAAUCUUAACUCUAGUUACAUUAUUUCUCUAAAAGUUUCUGUUCUUUGCUUUUUUAAUACAAAAGGUCAGAAUUGCACUUCAUAGUGGCAUUGGGAUAUGUGGAGAAAAGCAGGAUGCUGGUACAGAAAUGUAUCAGAAAUAAGAUUCAGUUCUUACUGCUCCAUGUGUGCCUACCUUACAUGUGACAAAUCCCACUGAAGUUAACAGAAAUUAUAUAAAGUUAAGCCUGUUUGUAACUCUCAUGAGAUACUGGUUUAAGAAUCUUCAAGAUAAGUUAUGUUCUCAAAAGGCAUUAUUAAACUCGUGGUUUCAGGUUUACAGAACAGCUUCUGAGACACAUCCAGAGUAACUUUAUUAAUUGAUACUACACCAGGCCAACAUCCAUUAGCAAAUCAAAAUCUCUUUCAGUACAUUCAUUUCUCAGUAUAAUUAAAAAAAUAAUAAUAAUUAAAACAGUCUCUAUUCUGUUUGGAUUAAUUUUCUUCUCUGUUUUUCACCUUUUUUGUCAUAAAAUAUCAUUUGCUCUGGAGUUGUCUAGGAUUUGAUAAUUCAAGGAAAGCAUGCAAAGCAGUUUGGAAUACGUUUCUUCAUUCACCUUAGGGCAUACAUUCAGCUGGUGAAAAUCAGCGUGGUCCUGUUGACUUCUACAGCAUUGUAUCCGUCUAUACCAGUGCAACAGUUGGCAUGUCAGGUUUUAACAUUUCAAGUCACUUUACCUACAUAUGCAGUAGGAUUCUGUUUUGCAAGAUGGAAAGUUACCUACAGUGCAAACUGUACUACCUAGACUACCAUUGAUACCUAUUCACAGGACAUGAUUUCACUGUAUCAUUUCAUACUUGAAAUUCAUGAUGUUCUUUUAAUCAGGGUACAAACAUGAAAAGGUGCGUGUGUUACUGUUUCUUUUAAAGGUGCAUCAUUUUGUUUUUUAUUUUGUGUGCUUAAUAAUUACUAGUCACUGUUCUUUACAUUCUUUGCAUUCAACAUUAAAAUCACUUACGUGUGAAAUACAGUAUCACCUGCAGAGGUACAGAAAAAUGUAACAGUGAUUUCUUGAACUGUUACUCAAAUAUACUGGUUUACCUUUUAGUCAUCAAUGUGACAUCAA